AUGUCAAUAUCUGUCCUUGCAACAGGAGACAUCGUUAUCACAGACAAACUCAGUCGCCCGACCGGCAAUGGAACCAUCUACGAUAGAUUGCGGAGGGCGGAUUCGUGCUUUGCAAAUCUCGAAAUGCCAUUCAGCAAGGAUGGGUACCCUGCUGAGAAACUUAUACCUCUGAAAUGUGAUCCUGCUCAAGCCGAUGUCAUCCGCGAACUUGGCAUCGAUGUUGUUACGUGUGCAAACAACCACGGUAUGGAUUUUGGCUUCGAAGGGCUGCGGAUGACUUCCCAGGCCCUUGACACCGUUGGUGUUGCCCACGUUGGCAGUGGAGAGAACGUUUUCGAAGCCUUUGCGCCUGUCGUUAAAACACUGAAUGGUGCGAAAGUGGCAUACAUUGGGGUCACAACCACACUACCGAACGGCGCUGGGGCUGGGAGGUCACGACCUGGACUUGCGGGCGUACGGGUCUUCAGCAAAUUCGUCGUCGACUCCGUCACAAUCGAUGAGUCUCCGGGCAUGGCGCCGUUCGUGGAGACGGAAACAUAUAAACCAGAUGAAGAAAUACUUCUGAAGACCAUUCGUCACGCGAAGACCCAGGCAGAUGUUGUCCUGGUAGCGAUCCACUGGGGCGUCCCCUACGGAUGGGUCCAAAACAGUCAAGACGAGAUUGCAACCUAUCAACAGCCUUUGGCUUAUGCUAUGAUCGAUGCGGGCGCAUCUGCGAUAUUUGGGCACCAUCCGCAUGUUGUACAGGGCGUGGGAUUUUACAAGGGCUCUCCCAUCUUUUAUUCCUUGGGAAAUUUCAUCUUUAGCAACAGCAUCGUUACUCCCUCCGAUGGGUGGCGGAACUACCCCCCAUAUAGCUGGAGCAGUCUACAACAGACUUUGUCCAAUAUCGGGGCUCUUGCCAAAGUUUCCUGGGCAGGAGGAAAGCUGGCGAGCUGCUCACUCGUUCCGGUCACCCUUGCUGAAGAUGGUGAACCUCUUGAAGCUAGAAGCGAAGAUGCUGAGGUGCUAUUAUCCCGAUUGAGCACGCUUUCGAAGGAUUGUGGAAUCGAAUUUGACCUGAGGAAGCAAGAAAGAGGUUACGAGAUCCUCAUCUCCAAAAUCCAGAGUGUUAGAUAG